UAAACCGAGAUUAAAGUUAAUCUACGUUGGUAGAAAUAGGCCUGAAACGAGCAGUUUAGCGAUUCAGCGUGUACUGUGAAACAAAGACAGUGGUUUUUUUUCAGUGUUUUGUAUUAUACUUUCAACAAAUCAUAUGUUAAUUGUGACAUGAUUUCAACAUGUUUCUCAAAACUAUAUUCGACAUCUCACCAAUUUUCUGUUUAUCUGAAACUUUUGUUCAUUUUCUUUCCAAGUAUGUUUAUUUUUUACGAAAAGUUAAAUCACUAACUUACUCGAAAUUUUUGCCCAAAUUCUCUGCUCGAAAUCCCAAAUCAAGUACUUGUAAAAUACAUCGGAUAUAUCUUUUCGUGAGUUGCAGUGUAAUACCACAGGCGAAUCAACAAGAUCUGCUUCGCUCGUACAAGAGCUAUUCCGACGUAACAAUGUUCCAUUAUACAGUACCAAGAGAAGUGAUUCGAGCUACGUGGCAAUUUGCAGCUUUCAUGGAUGAUCCCACGUGCCAUCCACGGAAAGUUUACAUACAUAUCAGGUUUGGUAGUUAUCCUAUAAUCACCACAGAUAAUAAAGUAUUUCUAAUGAGGGAGUCUACUAAACGGGAUGAUGAUAUUGUGGUUACUACUACCACAAUUUAUCAAUCAAAAAAUAUAACUGUUGUUCCAGUAUAUGAACCGCAACCUGGAGAUUGGUUUGUAGCAGCUUAUAUGUCUUAUUGGGACGAGAAAGUCCAACAACAAGGACUUGGACACAAAUGUCAAUACAGUAUAGGUACAAUAGCACUAUGGUCGCAAACAGAUAAUAUUGUUAAUAUUCCCAUUAAUUAUCAAACUAGAUUACGAACAAGUACGAAGACGACAUACUACAAGAUAUAUAUUCCGUCAGGAAUAUUGAGCUUCCGUGUAUCCAUCUGGAACUGCAGCUUUACGUUGCAUACUGUUCGUGACAUUCGUAAACCUUGUAUCGAAGCUAUAUACUUGAAGGGACGUGUUUUACCAAUAUCUAAUCAUUUCCAUUCCAUGGAAUCCAAAAGUCUUACCACGAAUGCUAGUUACUCUUUCAUAGAAUCUUCUCCUUAUGAAGAUAGUUAUUAUUAUUUAUUAAUUGUUUCGAAUAGCAUUAUAGAGUUCAACGUCAAGAUUGAUACAAGCGAAUGUCCAAUCAAAUUGACAGAAGAAUUGUUUACUAGAGAAUACAUGGAUAUUGCUCUGAGUUUUAAUUCCAUGACAGGAAUGAAUACUUACAAAGAAUUAAUAAAACACAAAUGGUAUUACAAAGAAAAUAAUAACAGCAGAUUUUACAAUAAAGAUGAAUUUCACCAAAAAAAUGAGAAACAUGAGACUGACAAUUUGUAUACCAAGUGUAUACCAAGAUAUCAAUUGGUUCGCGUUAAACAUGCAGAGACAUUCUCAACCGUUUAUCUUUUGCAGGGAAAAGACUGGUUAAGUUCGAGACUAAUACUAACUGAUUUAAUUCCGAUAAUGACGCAGUUUGAUAUUUUGCCAUUGAUAGAUAUUGGUGGUACACUCGAGAUUAAUGUACAUCUCGAAGUAAAAAAGCUGCCAUUGACGCAAUUGGUUUUGAUAACAAUGUGCAUUCAAAGAGGUCGUAUACCCAAACUAGAGGAUCGUCAUUCUUGUCAAAAUGGUACUGUAACGAUAAACUUGUCAUCGUUAAACAAGCGCAACGCAAGUUCGUUAAUAGCGUUUCCACAACCAGGUACAUGGUACAUCGUUAUCCUUGCGACAUGUUAUAAAUAUAAUAAACCUGUACGCUGUCAAAUGGAAGAAAUGUCUAUCCUACUCAAUGUACGUACCAAAAAGUGUAUGUUUUCUGAUGAGAAUCCUUGCGGUAAUCACGGCAUUUGUCAAGAAAUUCAAAAGAAUGUCCUUCAUUAUGCAACAUGUAAUUGUUUUAAAGGUUACUCGGGAUGGGAUUGCACCGACAUCUCAAGUACCAUGUCUGCUAUCUCUUUUGUGAGUGCUAUACUGCUCGUUAUAAGCAAUAUCUUUUUUAUACCAGCCAUAUGUAUAGCUGUGAAACAAAGGUUGUACGCAGAAGGAUUAGUAUAUUUGGUCACUAUGCUAUUUUCGUCCCUAUAUCACGCUUGUGACCAAAGUAAUGGACAAUUUUGUAUUACAAAAUAUGAGAUUUUACAGUAUAGUGAUUUUUUCUCAAGUAUUUUGGCAUUUUGGGUAACACUGAUAGCAAUGGCGGAAUUACCGGUAGCUUUUGUACCACUGUGCCAUAUGACGGGAGUGUUUGUCAUCACUUUUAGUGUCCAAAUUGACAGGAUGUGUUUAAUCAAUAUAUUAAUACCACUGUCACUGGGUAUCAUUGUACCGAUUCUGUUACAGAUUUUCGCACAUAUUUAUCGUACUUUUCAAUCCAGGAAAUGCAAAACACCAAGUCGAAAGAUACUAUUAGGUUUGCUCUUUGCUAUUGUAGGUUUAUUACUCUACUCUUUCAUUGAAACAGAAAAAAACUAUCAGUACGUUCACAGUGUUUGGCACAUAAUCAUGGCGAUUUCGUUAAUAUUUUUGUUACCAUCAGUAAAAUCAAAACAAAUCACAUCGCCGACAAAUGCUUCCUUCAAUGAUGACAAUGAAUCGUGGAUUUGCAAAGAGUCUUACGGAAUCCCUACAUUUACAAUAGGGGAUCAAUCAGGAAAAUCAAAUGAUCGUGUCAAUUUCUUACACAACAGUUCAGUUUCUGAAUUUUCUAAUCGAGAAACGUCAUGUUGUUAAAUACCGCUGAAAAUGGCCACCAGUGUUAACAAUAGAAUUUUUCCAUACCUCUCACAGAUCGACCACCAAUUUAUCGUCUAAGAAGUUGAUCGCUAUAUGCCGCUGCCGUUCGAUAUCGGCCAUCGACAUGGAAUGCGCAACGCGAAUCGAAAGUGAGUCCAACUAUGGAAAAAGAACAGCAUGAAUUGUCGGUCAAUUCUGUCUUUCUAGUCAUGAAAAAAGAAAGACAAAGCUAAUGGUGAUCCUUGCUCUCACUCUUUUUUUCUGAACCUAGGCCGGUAUUCAUAGUCGGAUCUUAUAUUUAAGAUCAUCUUAAGUAUACUGUCUUAAGAUGCCAUCUUUUAUGCGGGAUUUUGAAUAACGCGUGAUAACGUACAAAGAAAAUUUACUAAUCAGGAGUCUUUAUUUCUAUUCUGGGGAAGGAAUUAGACAAUUCUAAUUGAUUGAUUCUCUUAUGCGUUAUGCAAAAGACGCUUUUGUGCGGCGGCCUAACUCGAUCAUAUGUAAAAGCACACUAUCUGCGCUAUGUAUACGAGAAUAAUAGAAAAAGUCAUAGCAUAAAUAUUUGUAUAUUAUCAUAUAUGUAUAUACAUAUAUCGUCAAAUGUAAUAAACAAUAAAUAUUUUCUCUGAAAAAAAAAAUUUGCCCGAUCUGCAUGCAUUAAGAAUACGAAAGGCCGUGCACGAGCUGCGCGAAGAUUCUCGGGGACAGUAUCACAUGUUUUCACGAGAGGUCCUCGUAAUCGCAUCCCUCUGUAGCGUAUUCGCAGGGUAAGAUAAAACGAAUGGAUUUUCAUAAAACACUUUACUUCUUACUUUAUUCGUGAAUAUUGUUACAGAAGAUUUCUUUUAACUCGCCUUACUUAAAACCUACUACUGAAACUCAAGACUAGCUACUCUAUCUAUACUCUUUCUAGGGGGAUUUCGCCUUGGCCAAUCAGGCCCGUGGACAAGUUGAUUGAGCGCUGCAACGCCACAACACUCCCUCCUAAUUUUCUUGGAAUGUUACUCGUUUAUUCGUCUUUUUUGCAGAUGUGUAAGUACGAAUUGGUGGUGGUGGUGCAGCGUCUGUCAAAUUUGUUGCGUUUUCGGUUUCCUCGGUAGGUAGAUAUGCCGGUUUUAGUCUUUCUGUUGAAAUAUUGCAUGGUCUUCCGUUAACUAGAACAGUAUAUAAUUUUUCAUUAAUUUUAGCCAAUACUUCAUACGGUCCUUGGUAAGGUGGUUGUAUGGGGCGUCUUACUGUAUCAUCUCUAAGAAAAACAUGUGUUGCUAUUUUUAGAUCCUGGUGUACAAACGGUUUUGGAGAACAGUGAUGUGCGACUGGUUUGGCUCGAAUUUUUCUAAUUCUUUCUCUUAGUUCUUGGACGAAGAUUUCGGGCUUAACUGGCUGCUCCGGGUC